AUGAAUACAGAUAGCUCCAAGAUCUCAUUUACUGAUUAUGAAUACCCAGCGUGGUGCCAGGAUGAGGAGGUUCCCGUUACAAAGAUGGAACUAAGAGAUAUAUUUGAUGACUUAACUCGCAAAUUUGGGUUUCAACAGUCUUCGAAAGAAAAUAUGUUUAACCACCUACUCGCACAGUUAGAUUCAAGAGCAAGCAGAUUUACUGCCAAAGUUGCUUUAAUCUCGCUACAUGCCUCAUACAUUGGAGGUGAUUCCUCUAAUUAUAAGAAAUGGUACCUGGCUGCUCAACUGGAUCUUGAUGAAGAGCUUGGCUUCUGCAACAUGAAAUUGAAUGGAAAAGCUUACAAAAGAAACCUCAAAAUGGCUAAGAAAAGUGGAGUGUCGCUCGAAGAGCAAGCCAAUCUGUGGAGGGAGAAAGAAGACGAGUUUAUAAAGAAUCACCCGAAAAUAACCUCAUUUCCAAAAAGUACCAAAGACGAAAAGUAUUACAAGACCGCAGACUAUAAAUGGAAAUUAAAGAUGAGGGCACUGUCACCAUCUCAGAUGGCUAGGCAGUUAGCGCUCUAUCUUUUAUGUUGGGGCGAGGCCAAUCAAUUAAGAUUUACACCAGAAUGCUUAUGCUUCAUUUUCAAAUGUGCUCUAGAUUACGAUACAUUAGUUGACGAAGACACUAAUGCGUAUAAAACUGAAUUUUCCUAUCUUAAUGAAGUGGUUACUCCGAUCUACGAUUUUUUGAGGUCACAAGUUUAUGAUCUAGGAAAAAAUGACAAGCUUAUUAAGCUUGAAAAAGAUCACAAAGAUAUUAUAGGGUAUGACGAUGUUAACCAGCUUUUCUGGUAUCCUGAGGGUAUUGAAAGAAUUGUACUUGAUUCUGGAGAACGUCUAAUUGAUAUUACAAGGGAAAAACGUUAUGGUUGUUUGAAAGAUGUUAAAUGGUCCCAGGCGUUUUUUAAAACGUAUAGGGAAAGACGAACGUGGAUGCAUUGCGCGACAAACUUCAAUCGCAUUUGGAUUAUACACCUAGCAACGUUUUGGUUUUUCACUUCCUUUAAUGCCCCCACUCUUUACACUAAAGACUACGUCCAACUGCUCAACAAUCCCCCUACAAAACAAGCACGACUCUCUGCCGUUGCGCUAGGUGGUACAAUUACAUGUUUGAUACAAAUUAUCGCGACAAUUUUUGAGUGGGGAUUUGUGCCUCGGCAAUGGCCGGGUAGUCAGCACCUUUCAAGGAGAAUGGUAGGACUUGUACUAUGCUUCAUUAUCAAUUUCGCACCUUCUCUGUAUGUCUUCGGCUUCUUUGAUUUAAAUGUGCAUUCAAAAUCCGCUUAUAUUGUUUCAAUAAUACAGUUUAUCAUUGCAAUCGUCACGACAUUGUUUUUUGCUCUGAGGCCUUUGGGUGGUUUAUUUGGAUCUUAUUUGCAGAAGGACCGCAAACAAAGAAGAUAUAUAUCUUCGCACACAUUUACUGCUUCAUUUCCUAAUUUGAUAGGUCGAAGUAAAUGGUUUUCUUGGGGUCUUUGGUUAUUUGUUUUCAUUGCUAAAUUCAUUGAAUCAUAUUUCUUUUUGACACUUUCACUUAGGGACCCUAUUCGAGUUCUAUCGAUUAUGGACAUGAGCCGUUGUAGGGGUGAUAAAAUCAUUGGAAAGGCUUUGUGUUUAUAUCAGCCAAAGAUUACACUGGUACUAAUGGUAUUGACCGAUUUGAUUUUAUUUUUCUUAGAUACCUACCUAUGGUAUAUUAUCUGCAAUUGCAUCUUUUCGAUCGUUUUGUCUUUUUCUCUUGGCACAUCGAUACUCACACCGUGGAAAAACAUUUACUCUAGAUUGCCAAAACGAAUUUACUCCAAGAUUCUGGCCACUUCUGAAAUGGAUGUUAAAUACACACCAAAGAUACUAAUCUCCCAAGUGUGGAAUGCCAUCAUCAUUUCAAUGUACAGAGAACAUCUUUUGUGCAUCGAACAUGUUCAAAGACUUUUAUACCAACAGGUAAACUCAGUAUGUGCCGACAAGACAACUUUGAAAUCUCCCACCUUUUUUGUCGCGCAAGAUGAUUCAACAUUCAAGUCUGUAGAGUUUUUCCCAAAGAACUCCGAAGCAGAGAGAAGAAUAUCAUUCUUUGCACAAUCUUUAUCAACUCCAAUUGCGGAGCCAUUACCCGUUGAAUGCAUGCCCUCAUUUACAGUAUUGAUCCCCCAUUAUUCUGAGAAAAUACUACUUUCCUUGAAGGAGAUAAUCAAAGAAGAGUCGUCAAAAAGUAAAAUAACAUUACUCGAAUAUUUGAAACAUUUACAUCCAACAGAAUGGGAGUGCUUUGUGCGUGAUACAAAGUUGUUAGCAAUUGAUGAUGAACCAAACUCACCUUCUACCAAUAGUGAAAGUCAGAAAACAAUUGAGGAUUUACCCGUUUCACGGACACGAUCAGAUGAUAAAUUUGAAGUUCUUCAAGAUAAGAUAAAAGAUUUACCAUACUAUUGCUUAGGAUUCAAUAAUUCGAGCUCCCAGUAUACUUUACGCACCAGAAUUUGGGCUUCUUUACGGUUUCAAACAUUGUACAGGACGAUAUCAGGAUUCAUGAACUAUUCUAAAGCUAUAAAAUUGCUUUAUCGGAUUGAAAACCCCGCAACGUCUCUAAUGUACGGGAAUGACGAAGAGUCACUAGAAACCGAAUUAGAAACUAUGGCGCGUCGAAAGUUCAGAAUGGUUGUAGCAAUGCAAAGACUAACGAAGUUCGACGCCCUGGAAAUGGAGGCUACCGAGUUUUUGCUCAAAGCUUAUCCCGAUAUGUGCAUUUCUUACUUAGAAGAGGUGCCCCAGGAUAGUGGAAAGACUUUAUUUUAUUCCUGUCUCAUAGAUGGGUAUUGCGAAUUUGAUGAGGAGAGGAAGAUGCGAAAACCUAAAUAUAGGAUUAGACUUUCGGGAAAUCCCAUUUUAGGUGAUGGCAAGUCUGACAAUCAAAAUCAUUCCCUUAUUUUCUAUCGAGGCGAGUACAUCCAGGUCAUUGACGCUAAUCAAGAUAAUUACCUUGAAGAAUGUCUGAAAAUAAGAUCUAUCCUGAGUGAAUUUGAAGAACUUGAGGCAGAGAGCACGAAUCCCUACAUACCUGGUAUAGAAUACGACUGUUACUCACCCGUAGCAAUUGUUGGAGCAAGAGAAUACAUCUUUUCGGAGAAUAUCGGUGUGUUGGGGGACAUAGCUGCAGGAAAAGAGCAGACUUUUGGAACCUUAUUUGCAAGAACACUUGCAGAAAUCGGAGGUAAAUUACAUUAUGGACAUCCUGAUUUUCUAAAUGCCAUAUUCAUGACAACUAGGGGAGGAAUAUCUAAAGCCCAAAAAGGGUUGCAUCUAAACGAAGACAUUUAUGCUGGAAUGACUGCAAUUUGUCGCGGGGGUAGGAUCAAACAUAGUGAUUAUUACCAAUGUGGUAAAGGACGCGAUCUUGGCUUUGGGUCUAUUCUGAACUUCACAACAAAAAUUGGCGCAGGGAUGGGUGAACAACUUUUGUCGCGAGAGUACUAUUAUUUAGGCACUCAGUUACCUUUGGAUCGAUUUUUAUCAUUCUUUUAUGCUCAUGCUGGGUUCCACCUUAACAACCUUUUUAUUGCCCUUUCGGUGCAGUUAUUUUUCAUACUCAUUAUUAAUUUGGGCUCCUUGAACCACGAAGUUAUUGCUUGUCAGUACAACAAGGAUUUACCUAUUACUGACAUCCAGGAGCCGCUAGGGUGUUAUAAUAUCCAACCAGUAUUGAAUUGGGUAACAAUUUUUGUACUAUCGAUCUUUAUCGUUUUCUUCAUCGCCUUUGCACCAUUAUUAAUACAAGAACUACUUGAAAAAGGAAUUUGGAAAGCUUUUUCAAGAUUUUUGCAUCACCUAUUAUCAUUGGCCCCAUUCUUUGAGGUUUUCGUUUGUCAAAUUUAUGCUAAUUCACUAUUAGCCGAUGUAACCUUCGGAGGAGCCAAAUAUAUUUCCACUGGAAGGGGGUUUGCAAUUACCAGACUUGAUUUUGCUGAUUUGUAUUCAAAAUUUGCUUCUUCCUCUAUUUAUUCCGGAUCUAAAAUAUUCUUGACAUUGUAUUUCGGGAUGAUAUCUAUGUGGCAACCAGCUCUCUUAUGGUUUUGGAUUACUGUGAUAUCUAUGUGUUUGGCACCUUUCAUCUUCAACCCACAUCAAUUCGCUUUCACGGAUUUUUUUGUUGAUUAUGCGAAUUUCAUUAGAUGGAUGUCCAAGGGAAAUCACAAAUACGAACGCAGCUCUUGGGUCGAGUUUGUCAGGUCAUCUAGAUCAAGAUUCACAGGUUAUAAGCGAAGAACUAUCUGUGAUAUUUCCGAGCAAGAAGUCAAAGAUUCUAAAAGAGCAAGAGUUGCUGACAUUUUUAUGAGCGAAAUAUUUAUACCCUGCUGUGUCGUGGUAUUCAAUAUAACAGCUUACACAUUCAUUAACUCUCAAACGGGAGUGGAAUCUCCUCAACCCACUAGCGCCCUUUUGAGGUUAGGAGUAGUUGCCUUGUUGCCGAUAUUCUCCAAUUGGCUGGUUCUUCUCAUUUUCUUUGGAAUUUCGUUUUUUGCGGCUCCAUUGCUGUCUUGUUGUUGCAAGAAAACUGCCGCCGUGAUUGCGGGUGUGGUACAUGGUAUGUCGGUGGUUGUUUAUCUAAUAGAUUUCGAGCUGAUGUGGUUUCUAGAGGGUUGGAAUUUCACAAGAACGUUAACACUUGUAAUAACGUGCAUCAACUUGCAAGAUCUCAUUUUUCGAAUCAUCACCAUAUUUUGUUUAACACGGGAGUACAAAAACAACAAAUCUCACCUUGCCUGGUGGUCAGGUAAAUGGUAUAAUACAGGAAUAGGAUGGGCUGUAGCUUUACAGCCCACGAGGGAAAUCCUGGUAAAAACCAUCGAAUCAAGUCUAUUUGCGCGUGAUUUCAUUCUUACUCACUUGUUGCUUUAUGCACAAGUUCCAUUAGUGUUGACUCCGUUCAUAGAUUAUUGGCACUCACUGAUACUUUUCUGGAUGAGGCCUAGCAACCUGAUCUCCAGUAAACUGGCAUACACAAAGAAGCAAAAAAAAGUUCGAAGACGUGUUGUCAUGAGAUACUCGUUGCUAUUCUUUACGAUUUUGGCCUUGUUUGUAGCGCUUCUUGUUGCACCUUUCUACUUCGCGAAAUACUCUCCUAUCGGGCAAUCAUUUUUCAAAAAUUCGUUCCUGGAUGGGAUAUUUCAGCCCCCAAAUCAAAAUAACAAUGACACUGGCACAAGAGCUCCCAGUACCAUUUUGUCUACUACCCCGCCUAUGCCGGAAAUAAUUACAGUUUCGUGA